GCCAACCCCAAAUCAGCUAUGGUGCUGCUUGCUGCUCCGCCAUGCCUGACCCUGCUCGGACCUCCUUGGUGCCGUACUACCCCAGCGGGGGCCUUCCAGAUGCAGCGCCCUACCAGGUGAUGAAGAUGGAGUCCACCAUAGCCAGGCCUUACCUGCAGGAGCGAGCUGGAGCCGCUGCAGACCUGCCUCAAGCUGGAGCUAUGGUGCCACAGGUGCGCUUCCAUGAGAAAUUCCACGACAAGGGUGUUUACAACUGCAAGCAGGACCUUUGUGAGAUAUUCUCGAAUGGCUACGAGAUCUAUGUGGAGUUUGGGGGAAUCCAUGACAAUUGGAUUGACGUUAUGGUAUCGUCGCCCGGCGUUUCUGUUGACGAAUCCGCUGAAUGGGUUGAUAAGAACAUUUUGGGAGCCAUCUACCAACUUUGCAGCGAGCCGACUGGUCUCCCAGGUGUGGAUCUGGUGACGAAAAUUCUGCGUCCCCGCUGUUUGACAACAUCUCCGAUUGUUCCACGCAGGUACCGGAGCGUUGAUCAGACUGUCGCAGAAAAAAAGCUGAUCGAGGGGAUGGAGAGGGAGGAAUAUAAUUACAAUCAUUCCUGGCCUUCCAUUUGGGAUGAGAAGGGCCAGGAAAUUGUUCCACGAUCCUGCGACGAUGCCAUGGCGCUAAUCAGACCGAAAACACUGGAGAGGCACCUAUCCACUCAGAAGCAUGAGCUUCACAAAGUUUGUGACAGCUUCCAUGUAGUCGAGGGGAGCUCGGGACAAAGACAGCGGGAAUCUGGUUGCAAAAACAGCACUGCUAGCUUCGAUGACCAUUCUGAGGCACCUUUUGAAUGUGAACAGCCCACAGGCAACAUUCAAGAGUUGGGUGAUUUGGUGACGAGGGGUCUUCGCUAUCUUGCUGGAAAAGUUGACAGAAAUUUCCGGUUCAUGAGUGAGCUGAAAGAAGAAGUGAAGAAUCUGAGGAUGGAGCAGAGUAAUGCGUUUACAAGACUCUGCAAUGCCCUGUCUACCAUUUCCGUUUUCGCCAUUGAGCAGCACAGUCAUCGCCUCCCUCAUCGUGUUUACAUCACGGAGAGGAAACAUGGCUUUCGCCAGAAACUGAGUUUUCUGAUUGGCUUGAAGCCAGUGGAGCUGCAUCUCAUGUGCGAAUCCAAAGACCGCUGCCAUGUUGUCGAUGGCCAGGAGGGGAAGAGGUUGUGUUUUCAGAACGAGGAAAGGCGGCAUGUAUGGACUCUCCUCAAGUGGACAAUUCUUACUAUGGCUGUGCUGCUGAAAACCGGCUGUGCAAUUUCUAUGGGCAUCCAGCAGCUUGUGCCGGACUUGGGUGGCGUGGCCAACUGGACAAGCUUUGUGAUCGGAACAGUGGGGAACGCUGGUCUGGAAUUUGUGGACCUGGAAGACCUUGAGCGGAGAAUGAAUAACGUUGGAAAGGAUAUGUUCAAGGAUGAUGGUCCGGAAGAUGGUGUGAAGCGUCAGGAAGCGAUGGACUGGCUGGAGAGAAACCUGGAAGGUAGGGCAACUGAGAUACGGGAAAGAUUUGGUCUCACGAGAGUGAAGUACAGAGGCACAAAUAGUUAUUCGUAACUGUAUCUUACCUCUCUGAUUCUCUUCUUAGCAUGAGGUGACCGAACUGUUUAAGAGUCGUUUUGAUUGGGAGGUGCGGGCGGCGUUCAACCUUGAGAGCCAUCUCAGCUGUGAUGGUUUUGGUGGGAGAUGGGCUGUGUACGGGAAGGUGGAGCACAUGAUGUGGGAGUGGUACCGACAUGCAUGAGGUAAGACACACCAGCAGCUGAAGGAUGCACAUCAUCCGUUCACUGAAGCCGUUGCUAAGGAGAUGAGAUGAGUAGCCUCCGAAAUGCACUCAUUCUCGCAUAUGACAUGGCGUAAAAUGGGGUGCAGCAGAAAUUGAAUGUGAAGCAGAGGGCAGGAACUUGAACAGUUACUGCAGGGGGAAGUAGCCAUAGUCAACAAGUCGUUAGACUGCCUGCGAAAUUAUCUGGCCAAUCAGCCUGGACCUAUCAACAAGUCGGAACAUACAACUUUGUGGGUGACGGAGUUUCCUUUAUGCAAGUGGGAUGAAGAUAACCAGCGGCUGAAGAAUGCACAUCAUCCGCUCACGGCUGCAGUUGCCGAGGGCAUGAGUAACCCCCGAAACGCACAUGCUCUCGCAUAUGACAUGGUGUAAAAUGGGGUGGAGAUUGGAGGAGGAAGUCCAUGAAUCUGCARGCAAGAGGUUCAAGAGAAGAUCUUUGAGGUUAUAGGCUUGUCCAGGCAACAAGCGGAGGAAAGGUUUGAAUAUAUUCUGGAUGAGUUUCGACCUCGGCGCGCCAUCCCACGGCGGCGUUGCAUCUGGGCUGGACCGCCUGGGGAUGCUCUUUCCAGCACAGCCAUCAAUCAGGGGUGUCAUUCCGUUCUCAAAAACUAGACAAGCUCAGUUGGCACUGACAAAGGCACAUUCCUCUGUCAGUCCAGCACAGCUCAAAUGACUCACCGUGAAGAUGAAGAGCGCAGUAAAGAUGAGCCAAACAA